UGACCUUCGAUAGCAUUAAAGGAGAGAUAAGUCGUAACGCAUGCGUACUGACAGUCACUUCACUCAAGACUUCUCCACAUUCACUGAUUUUUGUGUUGAAUAUACACUCAAAGCAAACACCACUUCAUAAGCAAUGGCUUUGAAUCAACUGAUCGCCAAACACCAGGCCUUGAGCCGAGCACUGCUGAUGAGAGGGAACUGCUUUCGUCCGGUGGUCAGUGGGAUGAACACAAGUGACUCCCAGUCCGUGGCCAGCAGUGAGCACCGUAUGCUAGCUCUGCCAGUAUUGCGAUCGUUGCACACGAGUGCAGUGCACCGGGACAUCGACAGCGCCGCCAAAUUCAUCGGCGCCGGUGCGGCCACUGUAGGAGUGGCGGGCAGUGGGGCCGGUAUUGGGUCGGUGUUCGGCUCUCUGAUCAUAGGCUACGCCCGGAACCCAUCCCUCAAACAGCAACUCUUCUCGUACGCCAUCCUCGGGUUCGCUCUCUCCGAAGCUAUGGGUCUCUUCUGCCUUAUGAUGGCUUUCCUCCUACUGUUCGCCUUCUAAUGAAUUCAUUACAUAUUAAUUAUGUUUUAAAUUUAGUGAAACUUUAAUUCAAAUGUCGACAAAACACAGACGACGAGUUAAUUAAUUGCAAUUUUGAUUAUAUUUGGUUUUAUUAUUAUAAUUAUUGGUAGGAAUUCACUGGAAAAUGAUUAGAAUUACAUCCAAAAUGUCAAUUGAUUCAAAUUAUAAUAAAAUUUAGUCUUUAAGUCUACA